AUGGACAUCCAAAAGAUAGGCGCAUCAUUGAUUUCUCAGACCGCAGAAGCCAACUUUGGUCUGGCCACGUUCAAUGUUGACUUCAGUGUCAUCAAACUUCAGGCUCCGGCAGAGUAUAAGCCCCUGGGGAAUGAGUUAACUCCUUCGCGACGGAGCGCGGCUGAGGAUGGUAUGCCUCAUGUUACAGCUAGGAAGUUGGGUGCAUUGUUCCAGGAUUGGAUCCCUCCAGUACCAGAUCUGAUCAAGGCCUAUGGACGUCGUGCGGUCGAGAUUGCGCAGUGUCGAUCGGUCAAUCCCAAAGCCUCAAAGUCAGAUGGAAUCUUUGCUGAGCACAUUGGAAUAGAUGGGACUGCUAUAUGGGCGGCUGCCACUUCGGGCCCUCACGCUAUUCCGGUUUACUUGCUUGCCUGCAUGCUCGCCAGAAUGUGGUCUACCGCGGAAGCUACAUCGAUCUGGACGGAGCUUGUCGCUGAAAGGAAGCGCGAGCUUGCCGCGAUUGAGGAAACCGAUCCAUCAUACGAGAGAGCUCAAUUCACAUCUCGCAUCUCAAUCCCACGAGAGGAUCUUGCUCAGUGGGAAGCCAGUGCACGAUCUUGGCUUCAGGCCGCAGACCGAUCGAUGGUCAGAAAGCAGAAGCAACUCAUGCUUAUAGUGGACAACGCCGAACUUCCUGUCAGCACGAAACCACAACUAUUUGAAAACGUCCGGAGCUCUUGGAGAUCUGCCAUGAUAGCCAUUAACUCUCUUGUGAAGGGGCUCCCUCAGUCUGUUCAGGAUGGAGCUGUGCUCCUAGGCCUUUCCUCUUGGCACUUGUAUCCAGACAUGGUUGUGCUUGGAAAGGGACCCUCACCAGUUCGAGUAGAGCAGAAGGACGACCUAAUCAACCCAGCGGGGUUGUUGACAAUUGGACUUAAUAUAGCGAGUUCGAAGCAUCAUGGUGUGUAUUGGUCUCUACCGCUUUCCCAUCUCCGCUAUUAUGGUGGGCCGGUCAUGGCGGAGAGAUCUCUCGCAACUCAGGGCAAUCGCAUUACGGUUCAAGAGCUAUUUCAGGUUUCGAUCGGAAGCCUGACUCGGUUAUGGAAUAAAGACCGAAAGCAUUUGGCCUCCAUUAUUGCUGAGCUCUGGGCGUAUAUUGAGGCUAAGGCCCAUCGGUAUGCCGCUCCGAAGACGAUGCAUUGGUUAGGCUACAUUGCAAGAGCCAUGGAGCCACUACUUCAAUCCGGAGACUUGGCCCAGAAACAAUGUCUUCAGCUUAUGCGCUAUGGGGAGAGACAUUGUCAAAAUCUUCUGGAAGAAGGGAGAUCAGUUCCUGAACUGUUUGGCAUUCUGAAACUCACAACACUUCUGCCUCUUCUGAAUCAUGAAGAAGAUGGGGUCGAGAUUCUGCGCUCAUAUGCAGAGUCUAUUGGCCAAAAGGGCGAGAGAGCUUACCUUAUCCGAUACCUUGUUGGAAAAGGUGACUCUAAGAGCUACUCUCUAAACUUUGAAUAUGCCACAGCUUUUCCAUCUCAACGGUCGUCAUUGAAGAGAAACUAUGAUGGAUCGGCUAUCCAAGGAAUCGGACAUGUUCGUUGGGUUCAGACGCAAUUUGCGAAAGAUGCCGAGAUGAAACAGUGGUACUAUGAUGGCUCGAGACUCCAAACAAUUGAAGGUAUGGGAGAAUGUGCGUUCCCCAUCGAAUCAGAGAACAUGAACAUUGUCAACACCAAUGAGGAAAAUUCAAUCACCUGGAUGGGGCCACCAGCGAUGUUUGAAAGGUUCAAGUCGAAUAAAAGUUUCAGUUCAUAUGUUGACCUGGAUGGAGAUACAGAUACUGGACUGGAAGAGUGGGACCCCAGCGACGUCUCUUUUCAUCUCGUCGCUGGGGACCCGAAUCGGAUUGCACUAUAUGCAACUCAACCCCUGGAUAAGAGCACUGGUCCACUGUCUCUACCCAACCAGAUUAGCAUCGAAGCACUCUCAAGUUCACUGGAAAGAGGCUUCCUCAGCCCGUCUAAGCUAUUGGGGUACUUGGAGGCCUUUGUCAGGCAUAGACGGGACCUUCUGACUAGCUUACGGGCGCUAGUCACUGUGGAGGGUAUUUACAAGAUGUUGCCGAAUUCCCUGAUCGCUCUUGGUGUCACGUCGCAGCCUCUAUUCAAGAUGCCUUGGAUACCCAAGAGCGAUAUCCCCAUGGAAGAUAUUCAUAAAAUGUUGCCAAAUUCCAUGAUAGCUCUGGGUGUCGCAUCACAGCCUCUAUUUGAGAUGCCUUCGAUUCCAAAGAGCGACAUCUCAGUGCUUGGGUUCUCUGCGUUUCCUCUUGACAUUGGGAGAACAUUUGCUUGCAUAGCUUUGUUUGAAUCAGGAUGUCUUGCGGUCAGUCCUGACAGCUUGAGCAAUGUUUUGGCGAUGGCCACUGGCGAUUCCAUCUUUAUCGCAGCGGCGCUUCUCUGUGAUCCCGUAGAGGGUGCUUUGCCUUCUGAGAUCCGACGAGUCUGGGGAAGCAUAGGGAAGCCCGGAAUAGCAAUGCUGAUCCCACCAAAACAGCCUCAGAUACGUGACAGCAAGCAAGACUGGAGGGUUGUCACCCACAAGACAUUCGAUGGGAAGCUUGAGGACUCGUUUCAGUCAACUACUCUACAUCUCCGGUUUACUGACUACGUCCUUCCAAUCGACGUUGGUACUCACGGAAACAGAGACUUUGAGGUGUAUUUCCUAGAGUCUGUUGUGUCUAUACACGAUCAUGGAGAUUGGGUUGCGGACCUUGAUAUAUUGGGCCAACUUAACAGCCCACUGCUACGGCUCUUAGGGAAUGCGUGCUCGCACACCCACUCUGACACGGCAUAUCACGCUCUUAUUGGGAAUCCACAGUUCACCAUGGUUGACAACUGGGACGAAAUACUUGAACCUCCUGGAAAUCCCUCGAUCGUGCGCUCUAUUGGCAAUUGGCUUGGCCGUCUAGCCACAAUGGUUCUUUGCCUGCAAAUGGGCCAUCCGACUAUUGUUCUUUCGAAUCAAUUUUGUUGGGAAUGCAGCAUUGAAAAGUGGAGAGAGAUCCAUUCGGAUCGUAUCCGAAAGUCUCAGGCCUCGGACCCGCAGCCUGAGUCGGGAUAUCCUGAAGAUGCAAUUUCUCCAGAUGCUGCAGCUAGUGGGUUGGUCGCUAGCACCGUAGAGUUAUCGGGUCCAUUUGAAGAGGCUACAGAACUUCUAUGGGAUCCUGAAUUAAACAAAUGGACUUUCACUUCCCGCAUACCGGUUCCCAAUACCCAGGUCUCUGACCUUACGAUCAGUAAGAGAGACGAGCCCAGCACUGCAAUCUCAGAGGAAAUGUCGGAUUUGGUGAUUAUCUGCUAA